CUCUUUUUGUCGAAUUUUUUUAUUUGUUAAAUCUAACGCUCAUAAAUCGAUAGGCAAUCAAUCACUGUCGGUUCAUGAUCAUAAUUAGCAUAAAAAUUUUAGCUGGCAGAUGCAGGCCAACAAAAACUCAUCACCAUCCAUUACCAGAGUCGACAACUCUUCGUCGACGAUAUCCCUAAAUGGCCUGAUUUUGUGCACGUAAGGUGAAAAUGGUUAGGCUGGAGGGAAAAUUCUAGUCUCUCAAACAUUGUAGAGAAGCGCCGGCGUGGUUUCGUUAUACUGGAUAGGCCUGAGGGAUGAAUUAGUGACGCCUCUUAAGUGGCUUAGGUGCUUAGGUGAUCGUAAUUGGUUGCGCUGAUAAAUAGUGCGGAAGCAGUUGGAUUUUGAUUCAGCCAAAAAAAUGAAUUCGACUAAUUCCACUUCCGGGGACCAGGCUUCCCUAUCCGAAAUCGUUAUUGUCUCCAUUAUCGUUACGAUUAUCGCCACUCUUACGGCGGGCGGAAAUUUAAUGGUUAUGAUCAGCUUCAAGAUGGACAAGCAAUUACAAACCGUUAGCAAUUAUUUCUUACUCAGCUUAAGCGUCGCUGAUCUAGCUAUAGGCCUAUUCUCAAUGCCCUUGUAUACUGUGCAAUUAAUAAGAAGGUCCUGGCCGUUGGGUGGAAUUGCCUGCGAUUUAUGGCUGUCUUUGGAUUAUACUAUGAGCAAUGCGAGCGUUGCUAAUCUUCUACUGAUUAGCUUCGACAGGUAUCUGAGUAUAACUAGACCGCUAACCUAUAGAGCAAAAAGAACACCAAAAAGAGCAGCAAUUAUGAUUUUCUGCGCCUGGGUCGUCUCAAUAAUACUUUGGACACCUUGGAUUUAUGGUUGGCCACACUUAGAGGGCCGUCGAACUGUUCCUGAGGACGAUUGUUAUAUCCAAUUCUUAAAGAGUAAUCAGUAUGUGACAAUAGCAACAGCUAUAGCAGCCUUCUACCUUCCUGUUUUUAUUAUGUGUGUGCUUUACUUCAAAAUCUACUUAGAAACUGAAAAGAGACAAAGGGGGUUAGAGAAGUUACAAGCUCAUUCUACGGAUUCCGAUGAAGAGAUUUCAAAUAGGAGAAAUAGGUAUUGUUGGAGGAGAUGUUGCAAAAUUGAUGAAGCAGAUGAAACUGAUCAUGAAGACGAAUGGAGUAAUACAUCACCUAAGCAAAAUGGAAAGAAUGAGAGAAUGAUACCUCUCAUUUCAAAACCACCUGAUGAUAUUGCUGAUACAUAUACAAUUUUAAUCAAACUUCCAGAAGAAGGAAGUUCUAAAGCUUCCAUAAAGAUGUACAACGAGGACGACACGGAAGAAGAACUUUUGAAAAGAACUCGGAAAUUACCGAAUCACAAAGAACGUAGGAGAGGUCACGAAAGGAAGCAAGACACGAAGGCUGCCAAGACAUUGAGUGCUAUUCUGCUAGCCUUUAUAAUUACUUGGACGCCUUACAACUUGUUUGUUUUUGUUGAAGCUUUUCAGCCAGGAUUUGUCCACGAGACAGUCUAUGGUAUAGGUAAAUAUCUUCUUUCAAAAUAAUUAACAUUCAUUUGAAUAUCGACACUAUGAGGACUUUUAAAGUAGACUCUAGGCUAAUGUCCUCCUUCUUUUUUUUAAAUUUGCUCUAUACAGAAGCAUAAUUUUAAAGCUUUUCUUUUCCUAGAAAACACAAAUUCACUUUUUUGUAGUUCUUUUUUUAUUUUUAAACUCAUUGAACAAAACAAAAAGCCAAAUUUUCAACCGUAUUUUUUAACAGAAGAAGGAAAGUACCUAACUUUUAAUUGAUUCUCGAAAAAUUGAAUUCAGAUAAGCUAAUUUAUACACUAAUUGUUUUUCACGAGAAAGAGAGAGUGAGUGAGAGAAAUAUAUAUCUAUAUAGAGAGAGAAAGAGAGAGAGAGAGAAAGAGAGAAAGAUAGGAAGAAAAGUGAAAAGAGAGAGAGAGAGAGAGUGAGAGUGGGUGAGUGAGAAAGAAAGAAAGAAAGAAAGAGACAAUAUUAAUCUAUUUCCUAUAAAAAUUUAUUGAGAAAAUAUGUUGAACCCCUCUCUCCAUUAUUUAUUUCAUCUCUUCUCUUCCUCACUUCUUCCUGUACACAUGCACACAUACACACGCUCUAAUCUCUCCUCUCUUUCUCUAUCUCUCUCUCUCGCUCUCUUUCUUCCUUUCUUUUUUCCAACUUUCUCUAACUUUUCAUUUUCUUAUUUUCGAUUUAUCUCUUUAUCUCGUAGACUAAAGACACCCAUUUCUAAAAAUCUAAUUUCUUAAUAAACAUUUUUAUACUUUCAUUAUUUUUUCUAGGGUACUGGCUAUGCUAUAUAAAUAGUACAAUAAAUCCACUUUGCUACGCUUUAUGUAACGCUAACUUUAGGAGGACGUAUUGGCGAAUAUUGACUUGUAGAUGGCGCAAGAAGCGACCAUUAACUGUGUCUAGAAGUUGAUUGAUGCUGAUUGAUGCUUUUAUGUUUUUAUUAAUCUUUAUAACUGCAUAACAUACGUAUAACAGUGUGUAAAUAUGUUGUCUCAUUCCGAAAGUAUUAACGCAGAAAAACCUCCUUGAUAAAACAAAUAUUAUGGUUAAAAUUUUAUUAGUUUUAUUCAUGCUCCCAUUUUCCUAAGGAGGAAACAAAUAUUAUGACUUGGUUAAAAUAGAAAAUUUCCAAGAAUCAUUUUAUCAUAAGAAGAAGACAAGCAAUUUAUAAAAUUUAUGAAAAAAGAAACAUACAAGAACGUAUUUCAAAAAUAAAAAUUUGAUACAAAAAUUAUUCAAAUCUAUGAUAUUUAUUAAUUUUUUUAUGUAUACAUUUUAACGAUUUUGUUCUAUUCAUAUUUUAAACUGAAAGACAUAUCAUUUAUAUAUACAUUAUAUAUAUUAAAUAUGUAUAUAUAUGCAUUUUUUUU